UUUUUCAAAAGGUGUCCUAUCUAGAUGGAACCACAGAAUCUAACAAGUGUCUCAGAAUUCCUCCUCCUGGGUCUCUCAGAUGAUCUGGAACUGCACCCUCUCCUCUUUGGGCUCUUCCUGACCAUGUACCUGGUCACUGUACUUGGGAACCUGCUCAUCAUCCUGGCUGUCAGCUCUGACGCCCGCCUCCACAGCCCCAUGUACAUCUUCCUUUCCAAUCUGUCUUUGGCUGACAUCAGUUUCAGCACCAUUACAGUCCCCAAGAUGCUGGUGAACCUGCAGAUACACAGCAAAUCCAUCACCUAUGCAGGCUGCCUAACUCAGGUGUCCUUGUUUUCUCUUUUUGCAUGUUUGGACAGUCUGCUCCUGGCUGUGAUGGCCUAUGACCGGUUAGUGGCCAUUUGUCACCCCCUACACUACCCAGUCAUCAUGAACCUCCAUCUCUGUGGCUUGUUGGUCCUGGUGUCAUUUUUCAUCAGUCUUUUGGACUCCCAGUUGCACUACUUGAUGAUGUCACAGCUUAUCUUCUGUGCAGAUGUGAAAAUCCCUCAUUUCUUCUGUGAUCCUCCUCAACUCCUCAAACUUGCCUGUUCUGACACCCUCACAAGUAACAUGUUAAUUUAUUUUAUUAGUGCCAUCUUUGGUGGUGUUCCACUCACAGGUAUCCUUUAUUCUUAUACUCGAAUUAUUUCCUCCAUCCUGAAAGUCUCCUCAUCAGGUGGGAAAUACAAAAUGUUUUCCACCUGUGGCUCUCACCUGUUAAUUGUUUGCUUAUAUUAUGGAACAGGCCUUGGAGUGUACCUCAGUUCAACUGUCUUAUCUUUCUCAAGAAAAGAUGUGGUGGCCUCAGUGAUGUACACUGUGGUCACCCCUAUGUUGAACCCCUUCAUCUACAGCCUGAGAAACAGGGACAUCAAGAAUGCCUUGUGGAGGAUUAUCAGCAGAAUAUCCUGA